GGUAUAUACCGGUGUCAUGAAACUAUUCAGUUGACAGCAGUUGUAAUACGGUACUUUGAAGAAGUGCUGUAUUGAUUUUAAAUCAAUCAUGAAAACAAACUAUAAAAUCAAGUGUUUCUACGGCAUAACCCUGUUAAUAGUUCUAUCAUUUUCUCACACCUGUUCUUCCUUAAUUACGAACUUAAAUUUGUACCCAACUAUCAUCUCGGCGACCUUUGAUCUUCCUUAUGAGCGCAAAGUGGAUAAUCAACGCGAGUAUAUUUUUAUUUACGCCGAAGAGGAUAUAAAAAACACCGAAGGUUCGAAACUCACUGUAGAGAGUGAGGACGCGACUUUGGAAAACCCAUUGAUCGUCGUGGUAAGACAGAAAAGUGGAGUUCUGUCGUGGCAAGUGCCUUUGCUGCCGGAUAUCGGCGAGAACGUUGACCCAGCCGAUUUCAGCAACAAAACGAGCCGAACGCUCUGCCCAUCCCAGCAUUACAAAGCCAUUAAAAACAGCACGGACGUCGACAAGUACGCCACUGUCACAAUAUCGACCGAUAGUCCGAAAACUAUCAGUUUCAAGCUCAGGCUCAGUCGAAUGACGGACUUUUACUUGAGAAUCGGUGAAAAGAAGACAUUCGCUAUUACUCCAUCUGAGCCGAUUUUCUAUGCAUACGACUAUGGAGACAAUACGGAAAAUUCGACUCUACUGGUCAAAGUUAGCUCUACCAAGGGAACUGCCAAAAAAUGCAUGACUUUCUCCAUUCAAAAUGCUACAUGUCCAGUAUUCGACUUGGAAAAGGACAUCUCGUUCGACGGAUACAGACAAACUGUCAGCCAGCAGGGAGGAAUGACCAUUCAGAGACGAAAUUACCCCGCUGGAUUUUUCAUUGUAUUAAUCGUAAAUGCGGACGAUAAACUUUGCCACGAGGACGACGAAGAUGCUCCACAGGGGCGACAAAAAAUUGUUAGUCUGGUAAUCGAAAAAGGCAUCACCAAUAAGGAGUAUUACAUCGCAACAUUCACAACGGUGAUUAUUAUCAUAGCGUUUUGUGCCAUGUUCUUCGGCAUUACGAUUUAUUUUGAAUUCCACGACGUCAGGAGGUUCAAACACGCAGUGGACAGCAAUUCAGUCACCGAUCCGGAUGCUAUUGAGUUCGGACCGAUAAGGCCUCGCCCGAACUCGGAACAAGAUCAAAAUAACGAGCCGCAACCAGAAGAACAACAUCAGCGGCAGCAAUCACAACAAGAGCAACAAGAGGAACAAGAGCAAAAACAAGCAGUAGAAAGUCCACAGGUUGAAUCGGCGAGCGACGCGGUCGAUCGAUCAGCAAUCGGGACGGUGGUGAAUCGCGGACGCAGCAUCCACAAGCUCGUGCUGUUCGAGCUGUCGAAGAAGGAGCCCCGCAAACUGCGCGAAGAAUCGCAGCUUUACAUGUAUUACCUCGUGACCAUCGCGAUUUUCUACGCGGCGCCCGUCGUCCAGCUCGUCAUUACCGAUCAGAUAAUGCUGCACAUGACCGGCAACCACGAUCUCUGCUACUACAACUUCCUCUGCUCGCACCCGCUCAUGGUUUUCUCGGAUUUCAAUCACAUCUUCUCGAAUCUCGGCUACGUUAUGCUCGGCGCGCUCUUCAUGACCAUAGUCUAUACUCGCGAGCGCAAAUGCGCCGACUGGGACGCGUGCAACGUUGAUCGCGGCAUCCCGCCCCACUACGGACUCUACUACUCCAUGGGUUUCGCCUUGAUCAUGGAAGGAGUGAUGUCAGGCAGCUAUCACGUCUGUCCCAGUCACAGUGCUUUUCAGUUUGAUACGAGCUUCAUGUACAUAAUAGCGGUACUCUGCAUAGUGAAGAUUUAUCAGAACCGUCAUCCGGACAUCAACGCCAAAGCCCCGACGAUCUUCGGCGUUCUGUCGAUGACGAUACUCUUAGUCAUAUACGGCGUCGUGAAGGGCUCGGGCCUCACCUUCCGCAUUAUAUUCUCGCUCAUUCACCUGGGCCUCUGCAUCUUCCUGAGCGCUCAGAUCUAUCACGUCGGCAAAUGGCGAUUGGACAAAGGUGUCUUCCAGCGCAUGGCGGUGACCUUGAAGCCAGAUUAUGGAUCUGCUUGCUUGUUUAAGCCACUUCACAGGAAGCGCUUUUGUCUUUUGGCAAUUGGCAACUUCUUCAAUAUAGGCGCAGCCAUUUACGGGGUCAUUUUUCAGGUGGACUUUGCCAAAUAUCUCUUGGCCAUUCUCUUGUCAAACCUCUCGCUCUACAUGGUAUUCUACAUUUACAUGAAGAUUCAUUACGGCGAGAAGCUGCUGCCGCACACCAUCGUCUACAUGACGUUAUCGUUAAUUUUAUGGUUCGUCGCACUGUACUUCUUCUACAGCAAGACGACGAGCUGGUCCAAGACGCCGGCCAGUUCCAAGGAAUUCAAUCGGCCCUGCACCCUAGUCUUCUACGACUUCCACGAUAUUUGGCACUUCCUGUCGGCUGCGGCCAUGUUCUUCUCGUUCAUGGUGCUGUUGACGCUCGACGAUCCGCUGGCGGGUACUCACUGCACUCAGAUCCCUGUUUUCUGAGUACAUAUUUAUCAUGUGUUCCUGUAAAUCGAAUAAUUUGCGCGAAGAACUGAAUGAAUAAACGGCGCCAAAUGUGUAAAUAUGACAUUAGUAUAAUGGUAAAAAUAAUGUAACUAGAGUAUACAAGUAUUAUAAUCGGUGACUGAUAUCUUAACAUGUUUUUAUAAGGUAAUCGAAUUUUCUGUAAGUCGUACGGCAUAUACGAUGUGAUAAGCGUUUUGUAAAUGCAAAU